UACUUCUCCCAUCAGGUAGAGAGACUACAGAUUCCUCUGCCAGCAAGUACAAUAAUGGCAGUCGAGAUACCGGCCGACGAGCUUCCUCAAGUUUUGGUUCUAGCUCCCCCCGCAGAUUUCUCAUCUCUGGAAUCCCAAUUCCCAAACAGAUUCCAUUUCCUCAAACCAUGGUUUUCCAAACUCCCACUACUCCAAUUCCUCACCUCUUAUGCCCAAUCCGCCCCAGCAUUGCUCGUCAGCCCCGGUGACCGUCUUGCAGUGUCCUCCAACAUUCUCGACUGCCUUCCGUCGCUGAAACUCGUCGUCACCAUCAGCGCCGGUGUCGAUCACUUGGACUUGCCAGAAUUACGCCGCUGUGGGGUCGCCAUUGCCUAUGCAGGAAACUUGUUCUCUGAAGAUGUCGCCGAUAUGGCUGUAGGAUUACUCAUUGACGUUCUCAGGAAAGUGUCAGCGGGAGACCGGUUCGUGAGGAAAGGGCUUUGGCCUACCAAAGGGAAUCCUCCUCUCGGAUUAAAGUUGAGCGGCAAGCGAAUUGGGAUCGUUGGAUUGGGGAAAAUAGGCUCUGAAGUUGCCAAAAGACUUGAGGGUUUUGGUUGCAAACUCUCAUAUAACUCAAGGACCAAAAAACCAAUAGUUUCAUACUCCUACUAUUCCAAUGUAUAUGAACUUGCAACCAACUGUGAAGCCAUCAUAAUUUGUUGUGGAUUAACUAAAGAGACCCGUCAUAUGAUCAACAGGGAGGUGAUGCUUGCUUUAGGAAAAGAUGGAGUGAUGGUCAAUGUUGGUCGUGGGGCAAUCAUCGACGAGAAGGAGAUGAUUCAAUGUUUGAUUGAGGGGGAGAUUGGGGGUGUUGGGCUGGAUGUGUUUGAGAAUGAGCCUGAAAUUCCCGAACAGCUCUUUACUCUUGAUAAUGUAGUGUUGUCGCCGCAUGUUGCUGUCACAACAAAAGAAUCUAUGGAGGGAUUGGUUAAGUUGGCAACUGACAACUUAGAAGCACUCUUUGCAAACAAACCGUUGGUGUCUCCCUUUGUGGAUUAGUAGAGAUACAACUUAUCAAAGGGGAGACUAGAAAAACUUUAUGACAGAGCUACCUUAAUGUAUUACUAUAUUCAACUUUAUUUAUGGUUAUACCGAGACGUUUGUGUUGCAGCCAUCAACACCAUCAUCUUUCAAGUUUUUCUCUAUUUUCUCCCCCAAUUUCUGAUGAGACGAGACCCCUUUAAGACUGGGUGUCUUGUUUUUGAGAUUAUACUAUCCAGCUAGGAGCUUUUCUUCUAGAGCUCUUUGCGGGAGAUCAGAGAGAGAGUAGAA